GGUCUCCGAUGCUGGAAGGGUUUCUUUGGCCCUGAGUAAAGGGAGAGGCCCAGAGGGAGCACUGACUUGCCAGCAGAGCCACCCUGAUUCCUUCAGCAGGACCCAGUGAUAGCAGCCAUGCCGAUCAGCCAGGUGUCUUUCUCCUUUCCCAUGGCCCACUUCGUCCUCUUUGUCUUUACGGCGUCCACUGUAUUUCACGUUCAGCAGCGGCUAGCAAGGAUUCAAGCCACGUGGGAGUUACAGAGGCCGAUGACCUCGACGUCAGCGGCGCUGGGACCCAGCCAGCCCAGGGGCAUGUGGACGAUCAAUGCAAUAGGCCGCCUGGGGAACCAGAUGGGCGAGUACGCCACGCUGUACGCCCUGGCCAAGCUGAACGGGCGGCCCGCCUUCAUCCCCGCCCAGAUGCACAGCACCCUGGCCCCCAUCUUCAAGAUCACGCUGCCGGUGCUGCACAGCUCCACGGCCAACAGCAUCCACUGGCGGAACUACCACCUGAACGACUGGAUGGAGGAGGCGUACCGCCACAUCCCGGGGGAGUACGUCCGCCUCACGGGCUACCCCUGCUCCUGGACCUUCUACCACCACCUCCGCCAGGAGAUCCUCCAGGAGUUCACCCUGCACGACCACGUGCGCGAGGAGGCCCAGAGGUUCCUGCGGGGCCUGCGGUUGAAUGGGAGGCUGCCGGGCACCUUUGUGGGGGUCCAUGUGCGCCGGGGGGACUACGUCCGCGUCAUGCCACGGGUGUGGAAGGGGGUAGUGGCCGACCGGCGCUAUCUCGAGCAGGCACUGGACUGGUUCCGGGCUCACCACAGCUCCCCCAUCUUCGUGGUCACCAGCAACGGCAUGCCCUGGUGUCGGCAGAACAUCGACACCUCCCGCGGCGACGUGGUGUUUGCUGGCGAUGGCAUCGAGGGCUCACCCGCCAAAGAUUUUGCACUGCUCACGCAGUGUAACCACACCAUCAUGACCAUCGGGACGUUCGGGAUCUGGGCCGCCUACCUCGCCGGAGGGGACACCAUCUACCUGGCCAAUUACACCCUCCCCGACUCCCCUUUCCUCAAAAUCUUUAAGCCGGAGGCGGCCUUCCUGCCGGAGUGGAUGGGGAUCGCUGCAGACCUGUCCCCCUUACUCAAUCACUGAGGCUGGCCUUGCCUUUGAAAUCCCGUCUCCUCCUCUGGCCCCCUCAGGAUAAGCACUGGGGCGUGACAGCUGUUCCGUGAACAGGACCCUCCUCUCUUCUGUGAAGACGCUUUGGGCUGCAAGUAACAGAAAUCUCUGUGAACGACG